AUGGAGGAUGGAUGCAAGCCCACGGUUCAGCCCCAAAGACGUCUGAAUCCAAACAUGAAAGAUGUGGUGAAGGCAGAGGUCAUCAAACUACUAGAUGCAGACAUUAUCUACCCAAUCUUAGAUAGCUCAUGGGUAAGCUCUGUCCAAGUAGUACCAAAGAAAGGAAGCAUGAUAGUAGUGCCUAAUGAGAAGAAUGAGCUCAUACCGACUAGGAUGGUUACCGAAUGGCGAGUGUGCAUCGAUUAUAGAAAACUGAAUGAUGCCACAUGCAAGGAUCACUUUCUUCUACCUUUCAUCGAUCAGAUGUUAGAAAGACUAGCUAGUCAUGAGUUCUACUGUUUUCUAGAUGGGUACUCGGGCUACAAUCAAAUUCUGAUUUCACCCGAAGAUCAGGAGAAGACCACCUUCACUUGUCCUUAUGGCACCUUUGCUUACAGGAGGAUGCCGUUUGGACUAUGUAAUGCUCCAACAACAUUUUAG